CGCUUUUCUGCCGCCAAAAAAAGAAGCCAUCUCAACUUUUAUCGCCCAUCCUGUGCCCAAUUGGGCUCAGCACUCUCCUAGACGCCCACCAUGCCCUCCGCUGUCGACACCGAGGCUCCUACGGCCUCCCGGAAGCUGGACAAGAAGUCCAAGAAGGAAAAGAAACGAGUAAGAGACGAUGAGGAGUCCACGACUCCGCGCAAGCACAAGCGCUCAAAGAGCGAAGCGGUCCCUGCCGUCGAGGUCACCGAGCAGAAUACAGAUGAGGAAGCAACCAGACCCAAGAAGGACAAGAAGAAGAAGAAGCAUAGGAAGAGCAAGGAUGUUACCGACCCGGUCGCCCCCGAGCCAGAGCCAGCAGACACUGAGGUUGUGCCAGAAACACCCAUAAAAGCCAAAAAGCCCCAGAAGGAGAAGCGCAGGAACAAGGAAAGCGCCGAGGAUCAGCCAGAAGCUGUGGGAGAGCCCGAGGAGGGAGCCGAUGUCGAGGUGCCUCAAAAGAAGAAGCGCUCAAGGAGAAAGCCGCAAGCAGAUGAGAUAGCGCAGAGCCCACAGCCCCAAGAUGCUCGAGACAAUAGCGGGGAGCCAGACAACGACGGCAUGGACGUCGACGACAUAGCAGUCCAGGCGGCCGGAGGCGUUCUCCAGCCGGCGCAUGCGCCCGCCAACCCCGUGUUCCCCUUUGUCACCCAGACCGUCUCGCUCUAUGUGCCGCUCUUCCCCUCAGGCUUCGACCAGCCGCUCACAAAAGUGGCCGAGCAGCACCUCAAGCCGCUGCUGAACCACUACUCUCCGCUCCUCAAGGGCGUCCUGCUCGACUACCGCCACGUCACCCUGGCCGAGACCCCGACCCGCGCAGACCCCCGCGCCCCGCCCACCGACCGCACCCCGACGGUGUUGGUGUGCCGGGACGAGUACGCAGUGGGGUUCGGCUGGCUCACCGCUGAGGUCUACCUGUUUAGGCCCCGCCGCGGCGCGUGGAUGGAGGGCACCGUCAACCUGCACAGCGAGGGCCAUCUCGGCGUCGUCUGCUGGGGCCGCUUCAACGCCAGCCUCGAGGCCAGGCGCGUGCCUCGCGGCUGGCGCUUCGUCGACGUUGUCCAGCGCGCCGAGGACGCCAAGAAGGCGCGCUUCCGCAACGCCGGCAAGAAGACGGCCGCCGCCGUCGCCGAUGACGCCUCGGUCGCGUCGUGGCAGGUCAACGGCCAAGACGGGCCCAACAACAACAACAACGAGGACGAGGCGCCAGAGGACCUCGAGAACAGUCUGCAGCAGAUGCAUGCGACGGGCUACUGGAUCGACGCCGAGGGCCGGCGCGUCCAGGGCAAGUUGCGGUUUCGCAUAAAGAACUAUGACGUGGGCACCGCCGGCGACCACGGCUACAUCAGCAUUGAGGGCACCAUGCUGGACGAGGACGCCGAGCGGGCGCUGCUGGCCAAGGAGAAGGAACGCGAGCGGGCGCGCAGGGUGCGCAACAACAGGAGCGGCAUGCUCACGCGCGAGAUGCGCCCCGUGCCCAAGUUCAGCGUCACAAACUUUGGGCCCGAGGACGACGAGGACGACGGGCCCAAGAAGCAGCCCAUGUACUUUGCGAGCAGGCCGGGCACUCCGGACGACUGAUUGCCUGCGCGUAGUGGUAGCUACCUGCCUAUUUAGUUUUGUCCAGCAUGUGCUAUGGAGUUGUGGUUGGCGUUGGGCUCUUUGCGUCUCGGUUCAUGUCCUUGCUUGAUGCCGUCAGUGUUCGUCAGGGGCAUUUCUGGUGGUACUAUUGGUGUACAUGUUUUUGUUCUCGUCCACUUUUGCGAUGCGUGCUGUCUACUGCUAAUGUGAUGUCUAUAUCUUGUA